CUCAAGUGUGUACCUGACAUGCCCAACAAUCAAUCAUAAUGACGUCGGAAGGCAGCACGCCGAGAGGGCGUGGCAGUGUUGUGUUGUUGCCCUGAAUGACUCGUGGGCGCACAGCUUGGCGCCAAUGCGGCACCAGCAUCUAUACUUGACUCUUAUACAUAGGGCUUCAACCGCCGCAUAAAAGGCCUCCACCACGCAUGGCACAUGGCUUCACUAUUCAAAGAAAAAUAGCAGCCAUCGCAGACCUAUCUCCGACUCAUCUAAGCCUAUGAACAUGCAAUCACUCCAAGUCAUCACCCUCCUCUCUCUCCUCCUCGCCCCAUUGACGUCCGCCCAAUCCUCCAACCAGGCCAACUGCACCGUCUUCAACUGGGACCACAAUGAAGCCUACCUGAAAACCUCCCCUCCCCAACGCGUCUCCGGCGCGGAGACCUGCUCCAGCAACAAGAACCUGACCUGCGCCCUCACGGCCGCCGGCGACGCACGCUACAUCGCCCGCACCAACCUCACCCGCCUGUCUGCCACGGCCUUCGCAACGGUCGUCGACGAGACGGUCGGCAACGCCACGCUGACGGAGAAAUUCAGCGACUCCACCGUGGGCGCGAUCGACGGCACGCGCGUGCUCCGCCCGGGCCAGUCGGCUUACCUGAACUUCACGGCCUACCAGUAUUGCUACACGGGGACGGUGGAGGGCUGCACGGCCGGGGUGAAGAAUCGGACGGCGGUGGAGGCGUGCGCUCCGCUGUACCAUGCCAGUGCGGAUGAUUCGGUGGUGCUGGAUGGGUUUUAUACGGUGGUGAAUGUGAGUCAGGGGGAGGUGGGACAGUUGAAGGAUCCGUAUGAGAACCAGCAGCGCGGGGAUGGCGCGGCGGUCGGGGUGGGAAAGGCAGGGUGGGUUGUUAUGGCAGUUGGGGUGGUGGGAGCGUUGGUGGUUUAAUGUGGUUUCGGGGG